CCCGACCACUGUGCUGUGUGAAGUGAAACCACAAACAAGGAAAAAAAAAAAAAAAUGUCGAAUUCGAGUGACGAAACCCUAGAACAUGAAAAGGGGCAGCAGCAAUUUGAAUCGGAUGACAAAAUCUCAAACGCGAACCAGAGAGCAGAGCCAUCUCAGGAAUGGGAGACAAUGGCCAGAGCUUGGGUCUCAGCUUUCCCCGACGCUAAAGCCGUCGUAAGCGCCGGCGAAGUCGAGACUUGGAUCGGCACAAACUUAGAUUCUUUACCAGCAGAUCUCCGUCACAUGCCUCGCUCCGAGCUCGUAGAUCGUCUCCUCUCAAUCCAACAUUACAUGAGACCAACACCAUCGUCAGAUCAGAACGAGCAAAAUGUGGAAACGGAUCAACAACACCCAGCUCGAUUUCAGAGGACUGAUCAGUGGUUACCUGUGUAUUCAUGGUUAGAGUCUUUGGAUAAUGGAGAGUUGGUGAAAUCUAAGGAUAUUUCUGAAUGGCUUGAUGCUACUCCUGAGGUUAAACAAGAACUUUCUUCUAGGCAUUCUCGUUAUCACUUGACUCAUUAUGUCAAGAAAUGUCAUCUCAAGAUUCUUAAAAGAAAGGAGAAGAAGGGACUAAUCCGACUGAGCAGAGCAACUGCAAUGGAAGUUCACAAAGAAUUUGGCGAGAAACACCUUGCUAUGCUUUCAGCUGAUCCGUUGAGCAACAUACCAAAAGACAGUGACCUUUACCGCACAAAACAGAAAGAAGCUAAACGCAGAUAUGAGAUCUUGGUAGAGCUCGAGAAGAGACUGGCUCCGCAUUUUUCAAAGCCUCGGAUAGCAAACAGAUGAACAAUCAGGUUAUCUACAAGAUGCUGGUGGCCUUUGGAUUAGCUUUGUAAGUAUGUUCUCUGUUUCGGUGCUGUAGAACUGUUUGUGAAAUUGUACGAUCAUGUAGCUGUAUCCAAAUAUAGAUGGAGUCUAGUUUGGUGAUGUCUUAUGUAAGUUGUAAUCUUUUUGCAAUGUGAACAAUAAAGAAACCAGAUCCAGUAUUAUGUAGACUGUAGAGUGAGAGAGGGAUACAGGAUACUCUUCAUGAGAAGUAAAAAUAAUGUUUGUCUUC